UUAGUUAUUGUUAUGAUCAUAGUUAUGAAUAAUUUGACCAUCCUCCACAUACUGUAUAAACUUACAUACAGUACUUCCUUCUUCUCUAACCACUCUUGAUUCUUCUCAAUAUGGCAACACAACUUGUAGACCCCCUUGAAGAUAUCACCUCACCAAGUGAAAUUCCUACUCAAGAAAAUGUUGCUGACGUGCCAUUAGAUGAUAAAUUUGGAAAGAAGUCAGCAAAGCUCAAAAGGAAGAAGCACCAUGUAAAAAUCCUUGUCAUGGGGCUGACAGUAUCUCAGGCUGGGGCAAACCCUGUUCAAAAGGAAACGCAGUACUAUAAAGGAGAGCACGAUGGUAUUAAAAUCAAGGUAUAUGAUGCUCCUGGGUUUGGUGAUGAAGGUCUUUCUGAUCAACAAAUAUUGGAAGAUAUUUUUUCUUCUAAAAAUGCACGAAAGAAGGGAUAUGAUCUUAUACUUAUUGCUUUGAGGAUGGAUAAUCGUUUUGACCUGAACACUGAUAUGCUAUCAUCUCUUAAGCAAUAUAUGGAUCGAGGGAAUAAGUGGGAAAGAACAAUCAUGGUACUUACUUUUGCUAAUUCACUUUUGGAUCAACUUGAAAAUAAUCCUCAGCAGUAUACUGAAGAGCAAAUGAAGAUUGAAUUACAAGUACAGAAAGAACAAUUUCAAAAGCGCUUUCAAAAGCACACUGGAAAAGAUGAUGUCCCAUUUGUAUUAGCAGGAAAGGCAAUUAAACGAAAAUUGCCAACAGAUGAUGACUGGCUCGUUACUCUUUGGGAGCAGAGCAUACUUCGAUGUAGGACCAAAGCAAAACCUUUCGUAAAGCGUUUAGGUAUCUUUCGUUUGUUAAAUCAAUUGCGACUCAAACUAAGAUCCAUCUUCUUUACCACUGAAGAGGAAAGUGCUGAUUUCAAUGGGCCUGAUGGUUUAGAAGAAGGUAGCAAUUCUGAAGGGGAAGAUGAAGAGUCUAGUAGCAGUGAGGAGGAAGGUGGCAGCUUUGAUGAUGGUAGCCUACAGCAUGUUGAGAUGGAUUUAGUUCAAGAAGUGAAUGCUGCAUUAUUACCUGAACAUUAACUGAAACAUUUAUUAAGCUUUAAUAAUUUUGGUUUGACAGCAUUUUUUUUAGAUAGUUUUAACUUUUUCUGUAGUAAAGAGUAUUAGCAAAAA